AUGGUACAAGCUAUCGACCAAGCAGCUGUAAAUACUAUUCGUGUUCUUGCAGGCGACAUGACCCAUUUACGAGGCUCUGGGCAUCCUGGUGCUCCAAUGGGAUGUGCUCCAAUGGCACACACGCUCUUUUCACGUUUCUUGAAUGUCGAUCCUCAAGAUCCUGACUACAUUGCACGUGAUCGAUUUGUCCUUUCGAAUGGCCACGCGAGCGCUUUGCAUUAUAUAAUGCUGCAUCUCAUGGGAUUUGAUAUGACGGUACAGGAUCUCAAGGACUUCCGCAGGCUUGGCAGCAAGACACCCGGUCAUCCAGAGGCUUUCCACACACCUGGUGUCGAGGUUACAACAGGGCCCUUAGGACAAGGCAUUUCUACAGCUGUGGGUUUGGCAGCUGCUGAAGCCCAUCUUGCAGCUAAAUACAAUCGACCUGGCUAUGACAUUUUCAAUAAUUAUACCUACGUGAUCGUUGGUGACGGCUGUCUUCAAGAGGGUGUCACUUUGGAAGCUGUGUCUUUGGCAGGCCACUGGAAGCUUGGCAAACUUAUUGUGCUAUAUGACUCCAACAAGAUGACAGAUGAUGGUGACACAGCAUAUGCAUUUACCGAAGACGUUGCCAAGCGUUUGGAAGCAUGUGGAUGGCACACUACAGAAGUCAAGGAUGGAAACAAUGACAUUGAAGGAAUUGCCAAGGCUAUUGAGGAAGCUCGUGCUAUGCAUGACAAGCCAUCCUUGAUCAAGAUCAACACGACCAUUGGUUUCGGAUCUCUCAUGGAAAACGAUCGCAAGGUGCAUGGUCAUCCACUUACAGCCGAUGAUGUCGUGCAGCUCAAGGAAAAACUUGGAUUUGAUGUCAAGGACACGUAUGUGGUACCCAAUGAGGUACGUCAUUUGUAUGCUGCAAGAGCGCAACAUGGAAAGGAACACCACGCAUCUUGGAAAAGGCUCUUUGAGGAAUAUAGUAAGACAUACAAUGAGGAGGCAGCCGAGAUUAUCCGACGAUUCAAACAAGAGUUACCUGAUGGAUGGGAAAACGCUCUUCCGCAUUUCAAUGCAAAUGAUCCACCCACUGCAACACGUAAAUCCUCUGGUGCUGUGCUGAAUGCUUUGGCAAGUGUGAUUCCUGAUUUCACUAGUGGAUGUGCCGACAUUACCAAUUCGACGCUCAACAAGUGGAAGGAUGCAGGCGACUUUCAACAUCCAUCCACGGGCUUGGGUGAUUACACCGGGCAGUAUUUCCGAUAUGGUGUACGUGAACAUGCAAUGUGUGCAAUACUAAACGGCAUGGCUCGUUAUGGUGGUAUCAUUCCUAUUGGUGCUACGUUUUUGAACUUUUUGAGUUAUGGUUAUCCUGCAGUGCGCUUGGCAGCCUUAACAGGUUAUCGCAUCAUCUAUGUCAUGACACACGACUCGAUUGGUCUCGGUGAAGAUGGCCCAACACAUCAGCCUAUAGAGCUUGUGGCGCUUUUACGAUCAAUGCCAAAUCUUCUUACUUUCCGACCAGCCGAUGGAAAUGAGGUAGCCGGUGCAUGGAUGGCCGCUCUUAAGCAAGAAAAUCGUCAUCAUCAUCAUUAUCGACCCUGCGUGCUUUGCCUUUCACGACAAGACGUUCCUCAACUAGUGGGAUCAUCUGCUAAAGACGUUAGCAAGGGAGCAUACAUCAUUCAAGAAAGCCCAAGCAUGCCACCCAAGGUGAUUUUGGUAGCUACAGGCUCGGAAGUUACUAUUGCCAUGGAAACAGCAAACCGAUUGCAACAAGAGAAAGAGAUCUCAGCACGUGUAGUAUCGAUGCCGUGUACAGAAUUGUACGACGAACAACCCGAUGAGUACAAAAAGACGUUGUUUUUACCUGGUGUCCCGGUGAUAUCAAUCGAAGCGCUUGGAACACGCGGAUGGGAACUUUACGCAGACGCCUAUGUGGGGAUGACGAGCUAUGGUCUUUCAGGUCCCAUGGAUGAUCUUUACAAGUAUUUUGGCAUCACCCCUGAAGCAGUCAUCAAUAAGGCUUGCCAAACCAUCACCCGUUUUGAAAAGGAGCAUUGUGUUCCCACCCAAUUGGGUGCCUAG